GCAUCACAGCCACUGCUGAACUACGGUGCACAGGAGCGACAAUAGGUGCCUUCACCCAUCACACUGCUAUCCGAACACCAUUUCCCGUCCUUUUCCCCUCCGUUACUACCACUCAGUGCGAGGGGCUUGUACCCAGAGCCGCACCUCCAGCUUGGAGGGGGCGUCUCCAAGCGGUUUUUCAUCAUGGUUUACGACUGGGAGGGCAAGCGAGAAAUCUGCUAUCAGAUGUAUAUCAAAGAAAAGAAGGCUUUGGAGGAGAUCAUGGAGUUUAUGAGAAACACUUACCAGUUUGCACCAAGCAAGCGUGCAUUCCAAACACAAUUCAAAAGAUGGGGUUUUCCCUCGAAGCAAAACCCGGCACACAAGAACGCAAGCCUUGUUGCUCGUGUUAAACAACUCUGGGAAAGGAAUACCAGCCAGCGAGACAUGCUACGCAUACUGAAUGAAGAAGGUUACGAGAUCAAAGAAAGAGAGCUGAUGCGUGUACGCGCCAAGAACCGAUGGCUUUUACGUGUGCCCAAUGGAAUGAAGUCACAAAGUAACUUGCCGACUUCUGUCCAGAUGCCCGAAGAUGAAGGCAUACUUGCUCUACAUGAAGAGGUUUAUAAAACGUCGAGCCCAUUUGAUGAUGCCGAUACUGUUCCUGAUGACGCACCGAACUCCACGAACUCAACUCCCCCGUCCCCGGGUCUAUCCACGGAGGUUUUAUUAAAGCGCAAAGAACGACUUGAUCGAUUGAAAGCAGAAAGUGCCGAACGUUGGGCCGCUAAAAAACGCCGGCGCCGUACCCGAGGCUGGGCCGGGCUGCCUGCCGAUCCUCCAGGCCCUCCUCGUUUCCCAUCCGAAACCACUAUUGAUGAGAGUAAGAAAUAUCUAGGGUUAGACAGUGCCAUGUACCGUCAGAUAAGAGAUCAAUUUCAAAAGAUUUGCGAGGAGGCGGGCUUUAUUAAAAAAACGGUCGCCGGGCCUGAACGAUGGCAAGUGGCAAAGAAUAAGUUGAUACAGGAAUCCGAACAUCUUCAGGGAGUUUUUUGGGAGGACCCGAGUCAACUGGACGCGAAAUCUCUUGCCCUGGACGUCGUCUGUACAGAUGUUACCAAGAGAAUGAGAACACUUGAACGGCGAAUGACGAUCGCGGAAGCCAAGAACGCUCUCGGAAUCAAUCCCGAGGAGAGCCGUCAGAUACGAAAUGCAUUUUACAACACUCUGAAAGCCGAUCACUUUACAAGCAAACUGGAAGCUGGCGAUGAGCAUUGGAAAGAGCUGAAAGAACAGUGGGUCCAAAACUCCGAACUACUACAACGAAUACUUGCUCCCGGCCCGGCGGACUCGGAACAUACGACGAGAUUGAAGGCUCUCGAGGUUCUUUGUCGCGAUGUCAUGAAACGACUUCGCGAUGAUCAAACAAAAAGAGAUUCAUCUCGUAAACAAUCUGUGCUUCCGCCCCAUACUCAAAAUUCCGAGGGGGGGAGUGCGUUUGGUGAUAACGACAUUACUAAUGGAAUCAGUACACUUGCUUCCCAAGCUCUGGCCAGCGCUCCAGUAGCCUCAAAUGACCUAGGUGAUAUGCAAAUAGAUCCCUCACUCCUCCAAGCGGCAAACGAUCCCACGUUUGCUCCAACAGGCCAGCACGAUCCUGGACACUCAUUUGGCUACGUGGACCCUAUGCUGGAGCCCACCGUUCUACACAUUCCAGUUUACCUCCGUAUUAAUCCUCAGAGUCAGCUAUACGGAGGCUCUAAGACCUGGAUCGAAAAAUUGGCAACAAGGUCUGUUGCUGAAAUACGGCAGCUGGUCGGUGCUAAGUAUCCAGAUGGGAUCAUCACUAGAAUUGAAGGCCUCGAUAAGGACGAGAAUGGGAAUGGGAUCCCAUUUGUCAUCGACGAGGACCACGAACUCGAUGCAUACUUAACUCACGUUCAAGACAAGAAGGCAUCAUUUCACCUCACUCUGGAUCGUGUCUGAUUCUUCGUCACCGCAAAUAUAUGGGUUCAGUAGUCUUUCGGACUUAGUUUAAAACGCCGGGAACGGAUCGGGGCGGGCAAGGACACUAAACCCCGGGAAAUCCCUAGUUACGAUGCACGGGGCUGCGAUAUAGACUAAACAUCUAGUUAUCGAUGGUAGCCUCCAAUGGUACUCACUGGAUGGAGCAUAUGAUCUCUGGCUAAAUCGCCUUAUAUCACCUACAGUAGGAGUUCCGAGAUCUGUUGGUGUUCGAAAGCGGCAGACGGAUUCGUUAUCUUUGAAUUAAAUUGAAUUUGAC